AUGGCCUCAGAUCCCGACCUCCGGCGCUGGAUUAGCGACAACAGCAUGCGCUUCUUUGGCCUCUCGCAAUCCUCCAUCAUCGACUUUGUCCAGGUCUCGGCAUCUUCAGCAAAGACGCCCACCAACCUCUUUCAGAGCCUCACCUCUCUCGGUCUCCCGUCCAGCGAUGACGCGCGCAGUUUUGUCAAUGAGCUCUACCGACGCGUGCCGCGAGCCAGCCAGAGCCAGCCCCGCCCAGCCGCUGCAAGCAGAGACGACGCCAAAGACGAUGCAAAGCGCAGCAAGAAGCGCUACGGUCUGUUGCUCGACGAGGAGAACGGCCAAGAGGAGCUCGCCAUCAAGCCGGAAAGGAAAAAGAAGAAGAAGAAGAGAGACGCCAGCGAAGUCGCUUUGGAAUCGCGACCCCGUUCGCAGUCACUGCGAGCAGACCGUAGCAUCUCAAGGUCGCCCAGCCCGCGCCACGAUGCAUCUGGAUCCGACGAAGAGUCACGAGAGCGUGCACGCCUCAAGGACCUUGCCGAGCGAGAUGAAUUCUCUAAACGUAUCCGCGAUAAGGACAAGGGCAGCACCCGCAACGUUGUCGAGGACCGCACCUCGGCCCGGCUCAACCCAGAAGCAGCCGCACGCCGAUUGCUCGCCGAAGACGACGAUGCACGCUCCGCAGCCAUGCCCAGUCUCCGCGACAGAUCGAGGCAAGAGUACCUCGCAAAGCGCGCACAGCAGCGCAUGGAGCUCCUGCGUCUCGAGAUUCAGGACGAGGAGCGCUUCUUCCGCGGUCUCAAGAUGACCAAGCGCGAAGAGCGAGAUCUCGAAUACAAGAAGGAGGUCCUUCGACUUGCAGAAGAGAGGGCACGCAUCGACGAUGGAGACACCGGCUACGCCAUGCCCGAAGACUACAUCACCGAGAAGGGCAAGCUCGACGUCGCUAAAAAGGAGCAAGCUCUGUACCAACGCUACAACGAUGCACGAACCGAACGCCUCGCGCAGCAGUCGCACGUCACCGACGCCGAGCAGUUCGAAAAGGAGCAGAUCGACCGCUCUCGCUACGUGCCAGAGACAGCGACCGAAGCGUCCAAGGAGCUUGUCGACCAGUACGACUAUGUCUUCGACGAGAGUCAAACGAUCCAGUUCAUCGUAGAGUCGCAGAUGGCCGGCACCACUUCGACCUCGAUGAGCGCCAAAGACAAGCUCUUGCAACAGCAGAUCGAAGAAGCCGAGACGAAAGCCGCCAAGAUCCAGGCCACUCGCAAAUCUCUGCCGGUCUACGCUCUGCGACAGGAGCUUCUCGACGCCAUCGAUGAGUAUCAGGUGCUCAUCGUCGUCGGCGAGACGGGCUCGGGAAAGACGACGCAGUUGCCUCAAUUCCUGCACGAAGCUGGCUACACCAAGAACGGCAAGAAGGUCGGAUGCACACAACCGCGCAGGGUCGCCGCCAUGAGCGUUGCCGCACGUGUAGCCGAAGAGAUGGGCGUCCGACUCGGUCGCGAAUGCGGCUACAGCAUCCGCUUCGAAGACUGCACUUCCGACGACACGGUCAUCAAGUACAUGACGGACGGCAUGCUGUUGCGAGAGUUUCUCACCGAGCCGGACCUGAGCUCGUACUCGGCGCUCAUCAUUGACGAGGCGCACGAGCGUACGCUCAGCACCGAUGUGCUCUUCGGGCUGGUCAAGGACAUUGCGCGCUUCCGACCGGAUCUGAAGCUGCUCAUCUCGAGUGCUACGCUCGACGCCGAAAAGUUUUCGGAAUUCUUCGACGAUGCGCCCAUCUUCAACGUUCCUGGACGCAGAUACCCCGUCGAUAUCCACUACACCCCGCAACCCGAGGCGAACUACCUCCAUGCAGCCAUCACGACCGUCUUUCAGAUCCACACGACCCAACCGCGCGGCGACAUCCUCGUCUUCCUCACGGGCCAGGACGAGAUCGAUGCGGCGAUGGAGAAUCUGCAAGAGACGAGUCGAGCGUUGGGCAACAAGAUCGCCGAGCUCAUCGUCUGUCCGAUCUACGCCAACCUACCCAGCGAGAUGCAGGCCAAGAUCUUCGAACCGACGCCCGAGGGAGCGCGCAAAGUGGUGUUGGCGACCAACAUUGCCGAAACCUCGAUCACGAUCGACGGCGUGGUGUUCGUGAUCGAUCCUGGGUUUGUCAAGCAGAACUCGUACAAUCCCCGGACGGGCAUGUCGUCGUUGACGGUGGUGCCGUGUUCCCGGGCGUCGGCGAACCAGCGUGCCGGUCGAGCGGGUCGUGUCGGCCCUGGCAAAUGCUUCCGCCUCUUCACCCGUUGGGCGUUCAAAAACGAGAUGGACGAGAACACCACGCCCGAGAUCCAACGGACCAACCUGGCCAAUGUAGUCCUCCUCCUCAAAUCGCUCGGCAUCAACGACCUUCUGAACUUUGACUUUCUCGAUCCCCCACCGUCCGACACGCUCAUGCGCUCGUUCGAACUGCUCUACGCCCUCGGCGCACUCAAUGACAAGGGCGAACUGACGAAACUUGGCCGACGAAUGGCAGAGUUCCCCGUCGAUCCUCAACUCUCCAAAGCCAUCCUGGCAUCCGAGCACUACCGGUGCACGGAAGAGGUCCUCUCAAUCGUAUCGAUGCUCUCCGAGUCCUCAGCGUUAUUCUUUCGACCCAAGGACAAGAAGCUGCACGCCGACCGGGCGAGGGCCACCUUCACCUCUCCCAUCGGUGACCAUUUCACCCUGCUCAACGUGUGGGAACAGUGGGUGCAGACCAACUACGAUCCCCAGUUUUGCCACGAUAACUUCCUCCAGCCCAAAGUGCUAGCGCGGGUGCGCGAUGUGCGGGACCAACUAGCAGGAUUGUGCGAACGCGUCGAACUCCAACCCGAAAGCAAUGCCGAUCCAAACGAUGUUUCUGGCAUCCAGAAGAGUAUUCUCGCCGGGUACUUCAUGAAUACGGCCAGGAUUCAGAAAGGCGCCGAAGCCUACCGCGGAGUGAAAGGCAACACCACCAUCUACGUCCACCCCUCCAGCUGUCUAUACAAGCAGAUCCCACAGAGUCCCUUCCUGUGCUAUUUCGAACUGGUCGAGACAAGUAAGAACUUUAUGCGUCAGGUGAUGGCGGUGAAGGGAGAGUGGCUGUUGGAGGUUGCCAAGCAUUAUUUUACCAAAGAAGAGGUGGGGGAUGAGGCGAAGAAGGGAGUGUAUAAGGGGAGGACGGCGAGUGCGGCACAGUUGACGUCUGGUGCGAGGGGGUAG